AUGUCAGCAAUCGAUUUUUUUGCUGGAUGUGUCGGAGGUGCUGCUGGAGUCCUAGCCGGGCAUCCGUUGGACACUGUUAAAGUUCGUCUUCAAAUGCAAAGUCCCGGAUCCAAGCUUUAUCAUGGUACUUGGCACUGUUUCAAGCGGAUAAUCCAAAAAGAAGGUUUUGCUGGACUUUACAAAGGUCUUUCUUCCCCUCUCGCUUCACUAACAGCCAUCAAUGCUGUUGUCUUCGGCGUGCAUGGAUUUGUAUGUCGGGAAUUUUCACAUCCAGAUUCGCUUAGGGCACACUUCCUUGCUGGUUGCGCCGCAGGUGUGAUGCAGAGCGUAAUCGCCACUCCCUCAGAGCGAUUGAAGUUGCUGAUUCAGAUCCAAACCGAUAGUGCACGCUCAAAAUAUCAAUCACCUCUGCAUGCUGCUAGAUCGCUAAUUGCACGACAAGGAUUAGGUACUCUUACACGGUUAGUUUGA